AUGGGCAGUGCAGAUGGCUCACACGGGCAGAGUGCCCGCGACUCGCCCGUCCCGUCGACGUCGAAGCUCCCCUCAACUCCCUCCUCUCCCAGGCCAGACGAAGACGUCAAGCCGAAGUUGAAGCGCUCGAGCAGCCCGAACACGAAGGGCAAGGGUCGCGCUCUUCCUGGCGCAGACGGUGGUGCGGGCGAUGUCAACGGGGUCAAAAGGGAAAAUGGGGAGGCUGGCGAUGUCAAGCUCAACCCUGAGGAAGAGAUUCUUUUGGGCGCGGUCCCGAAAGCAAAGAUCGUGGGCUUGAAGUACGCUCGAGGAAUCGCUACACUGAAGAAGGGCAUGCAGGUCGAGCUUCGCAGAGACCCGUACAACGUCACCGACAAGAACGCCAUCGAAGUACGACAUACCAAGGGCGGUCAGCGUAUCGGCUACCUCAAGAAAGAGCUUGCGGCGAGGCUGUCGAACCUGGUCAAGGAGCGCAAGAUCCGCCUCGAAGCUGUUGCUGGUGACUUGCCCUUUAACACUGUCGGACUGUUCGAAGUGCCCAUGCGCCUCGAGAUUUGGGGCAAGCGCAAGUUCGCCUCCGACUCGCGCCUCGACUGGCUGUCGGCGGAGAAGAACGCCCAGCGCAAAGCGGAGAAGCUCAAGAGUGAGGCUUUGAAGGCGGCGAUGGAGGAAGUCGAAGCGGACAGAGACAGGACGAACGGCGCAGGUGGGAAAGGCGGGACAAGCGCGGGAGGCAGUCCCGCAAAUGGCGUGGCAAACCACAAGUCGAAGCAGGAGAUUGAGCGCGAGAUCGCCAUGCGUCAGUCCAUCCUCCUCGCGCGGCAGAACAAGGGCGACAUGCUCGGGGAUAUGUUCAAGGAAGGCGCAAUGGAUCCGGCCACUCUUCCCGUUCAUCCUUGUCCGCCGGGUCGCAAGGACGGCACGAUGCGGACGGACUUGCUGCCUUUCCAGAGGCAGGGUCUGUCGUGGAUGAUCAAGAUGGAGCACCCCGAGCUGCCGAAGACGCCGGGCGAUGCGCCUGUUCAGAUGUGGACGAUGAAGGAGGACUCGCAGGGCGAGAAGUUCUACCACCACAUUGGCACGGACACGACUCGCCGUAAAAGGUGGACGCUGAAUCGAGGCGGCAUUCUCGCGGACGAGAUGGGCCUCGGCAAGACGAUGCAGACGAUCGCGCUGAUCUGCACCGACGACACAGGCGAAGGCGUGCUGCCGGAACCCGAGGAUCCGGACGAGGAGUACGACGAUAUGACGCUCAUCGUCUGCCCGCUCUCGGUCGCCUCGAACUGGACGGACCAGUUCAGCCAGCACGUCGGCAAGAAGCGACUCAAGUGGCACUUCUUCCACGGCGAGGGUCGCGAACUGAGCAAGAAGGAGUUGCGGAAGUACGACGUCAUCAUUACGACCUACCAAACGCUCGCAGGCACAAUUGAGGGCGACUCGCGCAAGUCGUCUCGAGCAACGUCUCACGCGGGAACGGAGAACGACGACGAGGACGAGGAAGACGAUCGGCCGGCAAAGAAGCGCAAGAUCUCGCAGAAGGACUUGGCGCUGCUCGAGAUCAAGUGGCGGCGGGUCGUGCUCGACGAAGGCCACCUCAUCAAGAACCCGAAGGCGAAGAUGUCGAGGGCGUGUAUCAAGCUGCAGGCUGAGCGUCGCUGGAUCCUUACCGGUACCCCUAUCGUCAACGCUGUCGGCGACCUCGGAGCGAUGAUACAGUUCCUCCGCGUCUGCCAACCUCUCGACGAGCCGAAUGUCUGGCGGGAGUAUGUCGCGAAGGGUGACGACCAGGAGCGCGCGAAGCUGCUCAGGGCCGUCGUCCUUUCGACAACCUUGCGUCGCACAAAGAACAUGCUUGAUUCGACCGGAAAGCCACUCAUCUCGCUGCCGGAGGUCCUGUACUACAAGCACGAGGUGGAGCUCAAGCAGGAGAUCCGCGACCUGUACAAGGAGGUUGAGGACGAGGUCGGCAAGAACGUCAAGAAGACUUUCGAGGAGGGCUCUUCGAAGGCGAGCUACACGCACAUCCUCUGCCUCCUUCUCCGCCUCCGCCAGCUCGCAUGCGACCCCACGCUUUGCCCUCCCGAGUUUAUCGAAGACAUUCGCGACCGCAAGCUCGCUGCUCGCAUCCAGCGCGAUCACGAGUCGGCGACGGGCGUCUCGCAAGGUUCCCUCGACGCUCAACAGCUCUCGUACCUGCGAACGCUGCUGAAGGAGAUGGCGGAGGCCGCUGCGGACUGCCUGGCUUGCGGACAGUGGGCAACCGAGCCGAGGAUCACGAUCUGUCAGCACUACUUCUGCCAGAGCUGCAUCGAGUCCGCCGUCGAUGCGAAGGGUGCAUGCCCGUAUUGCGGCCUUGCGCUGUCCCGCGACCACAUCAUUGCGCCGCCGGUUGACCGCAGCGUCUCGCCUUCGACUUCUCGCGCUGCCAGCGUCAGUAGCCGGCACGACAGCGUCUCGCCAGUCGAGAGGACGGCCAAGACGGAGGCCCUUAUCACGCUUCUCAAGAGUACUCCGCCUGGCGUGAAGAGUCUCGUAUUCUCGCAGUGGACGUCGCAUCUCGACCGAAUCGAGGCUGCUCUUGCCGCCGAAGGAAUCACGUCUUGCCGCUUCGACGGCUCGAUGCGCCAGGACAAGCGCGAGGAGGUCAUCAAGUCCUUCACGGUGCCAAACAAGACCGCAACUGCCGGCAGCAAGGAAGACAGGAAGAACCCGAUGGUCAUGCUCCUCUCGCUGAAGGCCGGCGCUCUCGGUCUCAACUUGACCGUCGCAAGCCAGGUCUUCCUGAUGGACCCCUGGUGGCAACCCGCGAUUGAGCAACAGGCUAUCGACCGAGUCAACCGUAUCGGUCAGACGAAGCCUGUUCGCAUCUUCCAGCUCGUCGCGAAGGACACCGUCGAGGACCGCGUCCUCGAGAUUCAAGCGAAGAAGGAAGCCCUCAUUGCGCAGGCCUUCUCCGGGCACAAGAACACUGGGAAGAGCAAGUCGAAGAUCGAGGUCAACGACUUGGCCGCCAUCUUCAACAUCAAGGCUUGA